AUGGACCCAUACACUCCAUUAUCGCAGUGUCAUAAGUAUCAAAUCAUACGACUUCACCAAGAAAUGGAUCAGCUAAUCAAGCUUCAUGCUCAAUUACGCACUCACAACGUUGUAGUCGCCCAAUGGGGAGAGAAUAUUCAUGAAAGCAAAAAAGCAUUCGAAGAAAGACGAGAUAAAAUGCAAAUGGAAAAGAAAGACCGUAGUGGGGGAAACGCGAGGAAGAAAGGAAGCGGGGCGAAAAGCAAGAGACGCGCCAAGUGA